GCCUCUCUCUCUCUCUCUCUCUCUCUCUCUCUCGCCCUUUAUUCUAUUCUUUCCCUACUCUACUCUCGCUGUCACAUUUCUCUGAAUUCCUAGUAGGAUUAGGUAUUGAUUCUCAUAAAAUCUCUCUGCCUCGACUCUCUCUUGCAUUCCAUGCCCUCUCUUUCUGAGACUUGUGGAGAAGUUCUCAUUUGCUAGUCUUUUCAAGAACCACACCGACGACCUGGUUUCUCUCUCUCUCUCUCUCUCGCUUCCUCUCUCAUCAGGGGUGCUUUGCAGGAAAGAAAACUAUAGUACACGAUGCUAAAGAAUAUGAUGGAAGAGAAGCAGUUAGAUCUUAAUCAGCCACUUCUGUCUGUGAGACGAUUUUCACCUACAGCAGUCACCUUAGAAGCUAAUGACAAAAGGAAGACUGAUAAGUCAAUACCCAAACUACCUCUUCCCUUUUACAAAUCAGAACUGAAAUCAGGUCCAGUGAGGCACCCAGGUAGUGUUCCUUUUGUAUGGGAGAAAGUCCCGGGAAAACCCAAGGAUGAAAGAAAUUCACAGACUCGGGGUAUUGAGCAGCCUCCCACUACGCCGAGGCUUCCGCCUGGAAGGGUUUUGAAUGCUAAGAAGCAAGCAUUGGAUAAAUGUUCUAAACGCACUACAACUGCUCAGUCCCCAACUGGAAAUGUACUUUCCAAUUUUAACAAUGUUUCAACCUUUGAUACAAAAGAAGUUACCAAGUGUGACAGCCUUAAAGAGGGGAUGGAUGAUAAGGAUAUUGCUGAUUCAGAGGAUGGUGAUGAGACCUAUUUAGAUGCACUUGACACACUUUCGAGGAGUGAAUCAUUCUAUUAUAACUGUAGUAUAAGUGGUUUGAGUGGACUGGACGGUCCAGAUGCCAAACCAUCUGGAACCUUCUCAACAGAUCCACAGACUCGCGACUUCAUGAUGGGUCGGUUCUUGCCUGCAGCAAAAGCAAUGGUUUCAGACACACCUCAAUAUGCUACCAGGAAGCAACCACUUGCACGAGAGCAAGCAAUUUCUCAAGAGCAACCUAGAGGGAUGAAGAAGGUAGCAAGCGGGGUUAAGCAACAUCCACUUAAUCAAUAUAGGCCAAAUGAUUUGCCACAUAAUUUUCAAGUUAUAGCUGGGGACAAAAGUGAGAAUGAAGGUAUGAGAGUGCAACCGCGAUUACCCGUUUCCUCAGUUAGUAGACUGCGAGCUAAAUCUUCCUAUGCCAGUGCUUACAGAGAAGCUAAAAAUGAGCAUUCUGGGGGUGAUGCUUGUGAACAAAGAUUGACAAAUGGACAUCAGGAAGCUGGGAUGCCUGAAGAUAGGAAUGAUUUGCAAUGUGAAUCCAACCAGAUCAAAAUAAGCGAAUGUCAGAAAUUAGAUGGGUCACCUGUAUAUAGGCAUCAGCAAGGUAGUAACAUAUCACCCUACCGAAAGGAAUGUUUUCAUCAUGAAGAAAAAGGUUUUCUUGGUCUUCCUGAAAAAGCGAAGAAUUCCAGAGAUACUAGUAGCUCUGGAAAGUAUCGAAAAGACCACAACAAUUUUAGGGAAUUAUUGGCUACUGAGAAUGUUGCUCAAUGGGAAAUGGGCCCAGGGAGUCCUGUAUUUGAGAAGAAUCUGUAUAUUGAUUUUGUGCAUACUGUAAAAUCUCCUAAGUCGAAGUCACAUUCCUCAGAUACAAAGGGCCAUAUUAUUCAGUACAGAGGGAAUGAUAUUGAAAUUCCUGAGAAAAGAAAUGAAGUGAAAGAAACUCCUUCGGCAGAGUUUUCAUUCCAAGAUAUUGAGUGCUUGGGUGAUGGAAAUGAAAAGACAAUAGUGCCAUUUCAAAGUUUGGAGUUUCCUGACUCCAGCUUUCUAUCUUGGUCUGGCAGAUCCAAGAAGGAUGAUCAAACAGACAUGAGAAAUGGUUUUUUAUCAGGUCAGGAUUCUAGCAAAUUUGCAAGCUCAAAAGUGGCUGAACAAGAAAGGUGUAACUUGAAAAGCCAACAUUUAGAGAAAUCAGUUCAUUGGGAAAAUUUUAAUGGCCUUACUCAGGAUUGUAUUACAUCGACAAGGGCGAAACUGGAUGAUGAGAAAAAGAGUGAUUUAAAAAGCCAACAGUCUAGAAAAUCAGGAACAGAAGAAAGUUCUCAUAGCCAUGUUCAGAAGUCUAUUACAUUGACCAGCUCAAAAGUGGCCAACGGAGGAAAGAUUGAUUUAGAAAGUCAACAACUUGUGAAAUUUGGUAAUCAAGAAAGUUCCCAGGGCCACAAUUCACGACGGCCUCUUGGACCACCUUUACCGAAAUCUCCAUCAGAGUCUUGGCUAAAGCGUACCUUACCUAGUAUUUCCUCGAGGAGCUCAUCUUCACAGUGUUCUUCUGGUUCACAGAUUUAUGCUAUCAGCCAGCCUUCGAAGACGUCCUCUCUUGGUACCAAAUGGGAGACAAUUGUUAAAACUUCUAACAAGCACCAUGGACAUCUGCGGUUUUCAGAGGAGCUUCUGACACCUAUACCGGAAGCUUAGAAGUCGGAUGUUUAUCUGAAGCUCACCAGCUUAUGUGAAUACUCUUUCUAUGGGUGUAAAGGUGCUGAAUAUAGUUUUUUUCCUUUCACUUUUCUAAAAGUUUCUCUCGAAUGUGUUGCCCUUGUAAGCUUUAUACACAGAAGUUGGUACCUAAUGAAAACUAUAUAUCAAUAAGCCCAUCUUGUAUCAUGUAAUUUUCUUGUAAAUCUCAUCAUAUCAUUUUUAUGAACUUAACUUUCCUUUAGUAGGAUUCUUGUGUAAGGGGAAUCAAAAGAUGUAUUUGUUUCUUCAUUUCCUUAAUAAAAGAGAAGUGAUGUACUUUGAGCCACUCGCUUUAUCUUCCGUG